UCCUGGAUCUAGUUACAAGGAAUAAAAGAUAAGAUCACAGGGUUUUAGACAGGCUUUCCAAGCUAAAACCCUUUCCUCAUUUUCAGAGGCACCAGUUGAGGCGAGGCUUCUAAGCAAAAUCCCUACCAUAAAACCAACAUUAAACAAAGACAAACAAAAAAAAAUGCUUACACUAAACCUUGCAGCCACUGCUCUUCAAGCCCCUAGCAUUACUCGCCAUGAAUUUUCUUUCCAUUUCAACUGCUUCCCGCUGUUUUCAACUGUUAAGUUUUCCUUACAGAUUCAUGCUUCACCCAAGACUUCGUUUUGGGCGGUUAAAGCUAAACGAAGCCAAGAUAUGAGUGCCCAAAAUUUGGAUAUUGAUAUGGAUGAAGAAGAAGAUGAUGUUGAUGAUAGUGAAGAAUAUGGGGCAAGGAGUGGAUUUAGAGGGAGGGAAGAAGAGAAGAAUUAUGAUAAAGACCCUGAAUUUGCUGAGAUUCUUGGGAGUUGCCUUGAUGACCCACAAAAAGCUCGGUCCAAAAUGGAAGAAAGAUUGAGGAAGAAAAGGAACAAAAUUUUGCACACAAAGACUGGUUCUGGGACACCCAUGAAAGUAAAAUUCAACAAAUUUGAUUUUUCAAACUCAUACAUUUGGUUUGAAUUCUGCAAUGCUCCAUUGGAAAAGGACAUCUCCUUAAUUUGUGAUACAAUUCGAUCAUGGCACAUAAUUGGGCGGCUGGGUGGAUGCAAUUCCAUGAAUAUGCAAUUAUCACAAGCUCCUUUGGAAAAAAGACCAAGUUAUGAUGCUAUUCAAGGAGCAAAUGUGAAUCCAACUACAUUUUACAACAUUGGGGAUCUUGAGGUUCAAGACAACUUGGCACGUAUAUGGGUGGAUAUUGGGACCACUGAACCGUUGAUUCUGGAUGUUUUGAUAAAUGCAUUGACUCAAAUAAGCUCUGACUACGUUGGAAUUAAGCAAUUGGUGUUUGGUAGAUCUGAGCUUGAGAAUUGGAAGGAGAACUUGACAACCGAGGAUGCAGGCUAUAGCGUUCACAGAAUUUAGCUUUCUAGCAUCCUAGGAAAAUA